AUGUUCAGCCUCAAACACAAGCUGUUGGUUGAGUCGGAAGUUGGCAUGUCGGGCUGCUCUAACAAAUGGAUGAAACUACCAAACUUCCAAUGGAUUACUGAUAAUGGAGCAGACGGGAAGUCGUACAUGUUUGCCAGUCUGAUGCGUCCCCACUCCGAGCAGCUCCUGCAGGGUCUGCAGCUCCUGCGACAGGACCGUGAACUCUGCGACAUCGUGCUGCGGGUGGGAGACGCCAAGAUCCACGCACACAAAGUGGUGCUGGCCAGUAUCAGCCCGUAUUUUAAAGCCAUGUUCACGGGGAACCUGUCAGAGAAAGAGACGUCUGAGGUGGAGUUCCAGUGCAUCGAUGAAGCUGCGCUCAAGGCGAUUGUGGAGUACGCUUAUACAGGAACAGUGUUCAUCUCACAGGAAACGGUGGAGUCUCUCCUUCCUGCUGCCAAUCUCCUGCAGGUCAAACUGGUUCUGAAGGAGUGCUGCAGCUUCCUGGAGAGUCAACUGGACGCGGGGAACUGCAUUGGAAUCUCACGCUUCGCCGAGACAUACGGCUGUCACGAUCUGUGUCUCUCGGCCACCAAAUUCAUCUGCCGGAACUUUGAGGAGGUGUGUCAGACGGAGGAGUUCUUUGAGCUGACGCGAUCGGAGCUGGACGAGAUUGUCUCUAACGACUGCCUGAACGUCCUGACGGAAGAGACGGUGUUUUACGCGCUGGAGUCGUGGAUUAAAUACGACCCGACGGAGCGGCAGCAGUACCUCGCUCAGCUCCUGCACUGUGUCCGUCUGCCGCUGUUGAGCGUUAAGUUCCUCACGCGACUCUACGAGGCCAAUCACCUGAUCCGUGACGAUCAUGCCUGUAAACAUCUGCUCAACGAGGCGCUGAAAUAUCACUUCAUGCCUGAACACCGACUGUCUUACCAGAUGGUUCUGUCCAUGCGGCCGCGCUGCGCUCCGAAAGUCCUGCUAGCGAUCGGAGGUAAAGCCGGACUCUUUGCGACACUGGAAAGUAUGGAGAUGUAUUUCCCUCAGACGGACUCGUGGAUCGGUCUCGCUCCGCUCACGGUUCCGCGCUAUGAGUUCGGCGUGGCGGUUGUGGAGCAGAAGGUAUAUGUUGUGGGUGGAAUCGCGACACACAUGCGUCAGGGCAUCAGUUACCGGCGUCACGAGAGCAGCGUUGAACGAUGGGACCCCGACAGCAACACAUGGUCAACGGUGGAGCGUAUGGCCGAAUGCAGGAGUACUCUGGGCGUGGUGGUGCUGGCGGGCGAGCUGUACGCUCUCGGCGGGUACGACGGCCAGUAUUACCUGCAGUCUGUGGAGAAAUAUGUGCCUAAAGUGAGAGAGUGGCAGCCAGUGGCACCCAUGACCAAAUCACGCAGCUGUUUCGCCACCGCCGUGCUGGACGCCAUGAUUUACGCCAUCGGAGGAUACGGCCCUGCACACAUGAACAGCGUGGAGCGAUACGAUCCGAGCAAAGACUCAUGGGAGAUGGUGGCAGCCAUGGCUGAUAAGCGGAUCAACUUUGGCGUUGGUGUGAUGCUCGGCUUUAUAUUUGUUGUGGGGCACAGCGGUGUUUCUCAUUUAUCCAGCAUUGAGCGAUACGACCCCCAUCAAAACCAGUGGACAGCCUGUCGACCAAUGAAUGAACCCCGCACAGGUGUGGGCUCUGCUGUGGUGGAUAACUUCCUGUAUGUGGUCGGCGGUCACUCGGGCUCGUCGUAUUUGAACACAGUUCAGCGUUACGAUCCGAUCACAGACAGUUGGCACGACUCCAGCGGGAUGAUGUACUGUCGCUGUAACUUCGGCCUGACUGCCCUUUGACCCCGGCCGUACAGGUCAAAUCAUAGACUCUUAUCAUAGAGCAGGACGAGAGAGACGACACUCAUCCGCUGACGUUUUGCUCCACAGCGCCACACACUGACGCUCACUUGGAGGAUUGAGGACACACGUGAGGAUGAUCGACCCCCACACGAGCACACGUGAUCAUGUGACCAGUGCAAAUGCGGAGAGACUUCCACAAACAUUCAGAAGACGCAGAGCGGCGGGAAAACUGUUGCGCGUGUGUACACACGCCUCUGAGCACUUUCUCCACUUUACAUUAAAAGGCUUCUAUUGAGAGGUGUGUGUGUGUGUGUGUGUGUGUGUGUGUGUGUAUUUGCGUGUGAGUGUGUUUGUGCUUGUGUGUGUGAGUGUGUUUGUGCUUGUGUGUGUGUGUGUUUGCUUGUGUUUGUGUGUGUGCGCGCGUGUGUGUUUGUGUGUUUGCUUGCACGUGUUUGCUUGUGCGCAUUUGUGUGUGUGUUUGCUUGUGUUUGUGUGUGUGCGCACACGCGUGCGUGUUUGUGUGCGUGCGUGUGUGCGCGUGCGUGUGUUUCUGUGUUUGCAUGAGUGUGCGUGUGUGCAUGCGUUUGUGUGUGGCAGCUUGUGUGUAUUUAUAUGUGUGCGUGCGUGUGUGCGGGCGCGUGAGUGUGUGUGUUCAUGUUUGUGCGCGUAUGUGCGUGUGUGUGUUUUCUGUAUGAAACUCUCACACUGAUUGGUGCUUAUUGACUCUUCAGGAUUCUGUUGUUUUAGUUCUUUUGUGUGUUUGUGUUCAGAUGAAAUGCUCAAAGAAGCAUCACGCAAUAACAUUCUUACAUGAAUGUCAAAAACAGUUGCUUGAAUUCAUUCAUUCAUCUGUCAAUCAUCUCAGUGACUUACUCAAAGACAUCUUGAACCAAUGAAAUGUGCUUUAUUUUCAAUGUUUGAGAGUCAAACAUAUUUCAUAAGUGCCAAAACAUUCCAUGUCCGGUUAGGACACUUGGAACAGGGCGGCAGCAUUUCAGCACUUCUGUCCAUUUCCUGAAUUCUCUCAUUCCUUCAUCCAUGUUCAGGCCCAAACUCAUUUCACCCUUGAACUGAACGAGACUGAUGUGAUUUCACAUUAAACACGUCACAAACUGAAUGAUUAUAUUAAUGCAUCUGUUAAUAUUUGCAUGAGAUGAAACUAUAGAGAGUUCUGCACUUACCAAACCAUUUUAUACUUUGUAAAUACUAAAAGGCAUUUAGACGAUGCAAUAAUGACUUUUUUAUUUGGUUUAUUUUGGUCAUCUAAUUGCCAAGGUGUUUUUGACUUGAAUAGUUUUCAUAGUGUGUGUUUUUAGUGUGUGUUUUUAUGUUGCUCGUUGUUGUUAUUAUUAUUUUUGGAUCUGAACUGCCUUUAGAAACAUGAUGUUUGCAUUGAUGAUGAGAAAAUGAAUUGGUCAUGUGAUUUAUUUGUUUGUUAUACAGAUCUCCCUCUACAGGCGUGUUUAUGAUUAUUUCACAUUAAAAUCAUGAUCAAUCAUCUGUUCAGUCUAUUUCAUGGAAUUUACUCAGUCAACGUAUUUAGCAGAAUUAUGGGUAAAUAAACAUAAAUGGAGAAAAAAAAACCUUAUUUAAGAAAGCUUUGGUAAAUUUGUUUUAAUACAUUUAGGUAAAUCGAGCGAUUAUUUUAUUAUAUUGUUUAUUUGAUCUUUUUAUUUUUUGUAUGUUUUUAGACAACACAUCUGACCGUAUUAACAUGAUCAUGUAGAGUUUUUUGUUAACUCUUCUUUAAAGAUGCUGUAAGUGAUGUUUAUCAUGGAAAGAUGUGACUGAAGUAAGUGUUGUGAGAUAUCUCACCGGUCUCUGUGACAGAUCUAAACUCUGUAAACAACAAACAAAAACAUGUCUGCAGUCUCUGACGCUUUCUGCCUGUCAAUCAUUUUACACGCUCUCAUUGUAUUCUAGUUUCAGCGAAUUAUUGAGGCU